AUGUCGAUCUGUGACAAGAAAUCCCAACAAAUACUGUGUAUUCCAAAGCAAAAUACUGUUCAACACAAGUAUGACAUUCUGCAUAAAUAUGCCUGUAACCAAAGCAGCAUUCAUGCUAUCUUACCAGAACAUCAAGCCUGUACAUCAAGGUCAUUGAGCACUUUAGAAGAAACGACUACGGAUACCAAUGUCCAGGAUCCUAACCAACAGCGUAAAGCCGAGCUUAUUUCUAAAACAGUCGCAGAAUUAAAAUUGGAAAUGGUUAAAACUAGCAGGAGGCCAAUUGGCAAUCCCGGAUACGAUGUCAAAUUCGAGCCUGAUCCUACAGUUCCUCAGAGUAGUCAGGCUUGUGCAACGACCUUGUAUUGGGGAAGAGAGGCAUUUCUUCAAGCACUAUUACUUGUUAUUUCAGAACUUCCUGGUUUUGGCGAACAGGAUGAAGGUCGUAGGCCUACAUCCCUUUAUCGUGGACUCGCAGGCCGACUUCAGUCCGCCUUGCAGCCACAUCCCGAUCAUAAUCCAAUUAUACUUGGUAUAGCAGCAGAAUAUGUUCGAACCAACGUGUCAAAUUAUAGAAAAAAAACUGGGACUUAUUUGUCCAUGGUUUGGUCGCUCGUUAAUGAAUUUCGUACUUGGAUCAAACAACUACAGACAUUUUUGGAUCGGAUUCAUUUUCGAAUCACACAUAGACCAACAGUACACAUGUUGAGAGAAUUUAGAAAGGUUUUUAGUGAAAUCAGCAAAAACCUUCAAAAGCAACAAAAACAUACAUACAAGGCAAUCAUAAAUCUAGGAACCACUUUGUUUGAAGCCAGAGAAAUGCUCGAGAAAGUUAAAGGUGCAAUGCAUGACGCCAACAAUUUCUACAAGUCAAGGGUUUCGUUAAUCUUGCCAAUAUUUAAGAUUUAUCUUGAAAGUGAGUCGUAUGAUUCAACUUUUCUUGACAGAGUGUUGCGGGUCUGGUUGCUACUUUUCGAUAAAUUAGAUACGAUCGCACAAAAGGUGGCUGCCAGCAUAGCGGAUGAGCCAUUGGAUCUCUGA